AUGGUCACCGACUCACCUCCCCCGAGAACCGGGCUUCUUACACGGCUUCGGUCAAAGACAUCUUCGUUAUCGCUUCCUGGUUUACGGGCACCCCGGAGGAGGAUAUUGGCCGACUUUCAUAUUCAGCUGGACGACCCGCAUAGGGUGUACUUGGCAAACGAUGUCGUUAAGGGUUGUGUGUGUGUCAAAGUCGAGCGACCGUUGACACUUACUCACCUGGUCGUCAAUCUUAUUGGUAGGGUGGAUUUGCAGGCUUCACUGUAUACGCGGGAGGGUGGGGGAAAGAAAGGUAAGGAAUGGGAAGAGGAGUUUGAUGGGUUAUCCGGUGGUGUCACGGUAUGCAGGGACGAGAUAGUAUUGUGCGGGGAGGGGAGGCUUGAGCCUGGAGUUUACAAGUUUGGUUUUGAGUUGGAAUUUGCAUUAGUUGGAAAGUUGCCCGGUGGACUGCCGAGUUCUUUGGAUUUUGAGAAGGGCUCAAUAUCGUACAGAAUAUCGUCAACGCUGACUCGACCGACUACCAUCUCGCCUACAACUACGUGCACUACGAAGCUUUCAUUCGUGGAAACGAUCGAUAUCGCUCACUUGUCCGCUCCAAAGCCCCGAGUCAUAUCCCUUGAACCGAUAGUAUCGAAAAAGCCACGAAACAAACAAAGGCCUUCGUCCCCAAUACCCGGAACUGGGAGAGACCAGUCUACUACGCCGUCGCCAAACAACUCUAAUGGAAAUCUACCAAACGUCGAGCCCCGAGCCCCAUCACCGACGCCAUCAACGGACCCAUCUCGAAUGAUCCGAUCAAAAACUAUUACUGCAUCGAUAACGUUGAUGAAAGCUGGUGCCUUACGCGGGGACAAUAUUCCCGUGAAAAUUUCGAUACAUCAUAAUAAGCCAAUCAAGUCAUUGAAUGGUAUAAUACUGACCCUCCACCGACAAACAAGAUUCGACCCCCCUUCGCGCAGCCAUCCGCCGUUAAAGAAGGCGCUCUCGUCAGCCGCUACCGGAGGGACUUGCGGCGGCACUUUCCGUAAGGACUUGGCACAGACAGUAUUGCCAUUGAUGAUUGACCCCAAGUCACUGACAACGGUCGUCAGGGCAAACUUGCGGGUUCCCGAGGAUGUUUUCCCGACCAUCGUCAAUGUCCCGGGCGGCGGCGUCUCGUUUAGGUAUUAUGUGGAGGUGGUGGUGGAUCUUGGUGGGAAACUAAGUAGCAGAGAUGACUUUUUCAAGGGUGGCGCAUCCAUACUGGGGUUACCAAGGCCGGGUACCGGCGGGGAGAAAGAUGCUGGUGGUGCCAAUGCCGGGAUAGCAGUGGAAGGAGGAGUCAUGGUGGAGACAGAAAGGAUAAGGAGGGAGAAGAGGAUCGUGUUUUGCAGGUUCGAGGUUAUUAUUGGGAGCAUUGACUCGGUCGGUGGGAAGGGUCGUAGGGGAGGUGUCUCGGCCAAGAGUUUAACGCGGUCACAAACUGUCGAGGAGGAGGAGGGUUCUGAGGCUAAUGACACUGCUCCUUCUACUCCAAGACGCCCGUCACAUUCGCAUAUGGAGGGGAGUGAGGCCCCGGACCAGAUGGAGGACGAGGCGCCGGAGUAUUUCCGACACGAACGGAUAGAUGGGUCGUUGUUGCUGCCACUCCCGCCGGUUGAGACGAGGCCCGAGAACCCAAUGGACGAGAAGACCCACCUGAUACUUGCGGAAGAGCAGUUAUUACCAAGUGCCCCUCCUAUGGACCCUUCCUCACCAGCAUGUUACAUCCACCCCUCUGCUCCAUCUCCGAGCGGGGAUGAUAACCGCCAACUGGCGGAAGGCGACAAACUAGGGAUGGAGCGUCAAAGACUCCUCCAAGCUGCUAGCGCUCCUCCAGAGGAAUCCGUUGAGUCAUCGGACACAACAAUAUCAGCCCCUUCGGCACCAAUCCUUGAGGACGAAUGCUACGAAGGACCCCCCCGAUAUGUUCGAUGA